AUGUGGAGCUUUAUUCUCAACUUCUUACUCCCUAGCCCUCUUUAAACUGGAACGAAUAUUUAUAGCGUCUUCCUAUAGAUGGCGCGGAAUGCGCCAUCACCAGGCCAUGUCGGGAGAGGGUUCUCCACGAGGAAUGGUUCCCGUGUGGAACCCUCUUUUUGGCUCGUGGAAAAAGAGGGUUCCACACGUGGAACCAUUCCUCGUGGAGAACCCUCUCCCGACAUGGCCUGGUGAUGGCGCAUUCCGCGCCGUCGAAGACGUGGACAUUUGCCCUAGAAGCACCUUGGUGAUCGAAGCAAGUUUGUCUCCAGCAGACUGGUGGGCCCGAUGCGACGAAAGGCGAGUGAUAAACUGGAGUUGUAACCCCGUAGUGGACGUUAAGCGAUAUAAAUUCUAAUGUAAUGUAAUGAUGGCGCAUUCCGCACCAUCUAUAGGAAGACGCUAUAAUAUUUUAUAGGAACAUUUUAUAAAUGAAAAUACUAAUUUUUAUAAAAUUAGUUUCGACCGAAUUCAUUGGAAAAAGUAGAAUACUAUUAAACACUGUAUCCAUUAAUUAUUCUUCGUAAAAAUAAAUUAUAAUUCAAAAAUAUAGAAAUUGCCCGAAAAUAGCGCCAUCCUCGGGCAAUUUCUAUAUUCUUUAAAGUCCCACUUCUUGAGCACCAUGCGUCCUACAGAGGAGCUGCCACAUGCAAAACUUUCAAAGUUCAGGCGAUAUCCCUGGCUCCUCAAUAGUGCAUACCCUUUUGAUCAGUCGCAGAAAUUUCAGGUCAAUACAUUCCCAGCUCCGAAGCCACUGCUAGCUCACGCUGCUUAGAUUAGGCCAGAUCGCCCCUUUUAGAAUCCUCUUAAGCUGGAGAGACUAGAAAUUUAAGUCUUAUCUAAGCCUAUCUUCCCCUUUUCCUACUGACUAGCUCCGAAAGAAAACGAAACAUAUUUGGGAUAGGCCAUGAAGCAGCUUAUAUCAGACAUCUGUUCUGGGCCUAGGUGGUGCUGGCAAAACAGAUAAAAAACUGCUCGGCCAAACCAUUAAUCUGAGGAAGUAGUGCUGGGCCUCUCACUUCGAGGAUAACCCAACUAGCUUUUUGACACAUCCAGAUAUGCAAUCCAUAGUGCAAAUUUCUUUUUGAUUUCAUAAGGGAAUCAUUUUUCAAAUGCCAAAAAUAUGUAUCAUGUCAUGGACUCAAUUAUAUAAUAAUGGUACGUCAAAAUUUUUUUUGACAUUUUGAAAUUAAUUUACCAUAGAGAAGCAAAAUGAAAAUUUACCAAUAGAUAUACAUAAAGAUAAAAGCCAAGGGGGAAAGGACGGGUGGCCAUUUUAUGUAUAAUUAAAAUUUUUAUCAAUUUUUUUUGACUUUGAAAGGACUUUUGUUCUAAUUAAAAAAGGGGGUGAGUUAGUAGCAAGCUCUUUGGGGCUAGAGGUUUCUCCAGAGGAGGCUUCAGCUGUAGGUGCAGUUCCUCCUGGGUAUGCGCAAUUUACCUUUGCAGCUUACAUUGACAACUGGGAUUACAGUUAUUAUCAAUAUCCUCUUACUCAAAUUAGUUAUACAUUUAAAAUGGUGCAGAGAGCCAACCGUUAUUCUUAACACCUGUAGCUGGGGAGAUCCAGGGACCUGUGAAAGAGAGGAUAGCGCUCAGUGAUGAAUAUCCGGCCAAUUUUACUUGCUUUUGUUUGAGCGCAACGUUGGAUUUGGCGACCGCAGUUCAUAACCGGAUUAGAGUUCGGUGUUGGAAAGAGCAAACCUAGAAAAGUCUAAGUGGUCAAUCGGGCAACUUCCUAGUGCGAUACCAGGCGUUGCGUCCUGGGUGACGAGUUCCAUCUUGGUCGGCAGCUUUAGCAGAGAAUUCAUUUUUUAAAUUUUCUUAAAGGGGGUCCCAAGACUGACAUACGGCCCACUUCACUCGGCGCUCGACGCAAGCCUCAGGCGACGAUGAGCUUACCCCUAGAGGUAGCAGUAAGCACCCAACAACGGAUCAAGGUAGAGAAUCGCACCCUGCGGGUGCUACAGAAGCUUUUCAAUAUAAGUUAACUAAAUAACUACUCAAACUAGUUUGAAAAACACAUUUUUUCCAAAAAUUAUUUAUGGCCAUCAAAAGCUUAUUAGCCUACUAAAAUUUUAAAAAAUAUCAUUUUUAUGCUCGAUUUAUUUGAAGAGCUAGAUACUAUAUCAAUACAUAUUAUUGGAAUGCCAACCAACCUGGCCCAAUUUUCUUCUUUUGCGGAGGAAGCGCCCCAAUAGAGACUUUCAUCAGCACAACUGGCUACAUUGACUACUUAGCUCAGCAGAUGCAAGCAAUUGUUGUAUACGCAGAGCACAGAUAUUUCGGUGGAUCCUUGCCAUUUGGCAACAAGACAUACGCUCCAUAUAACAUGAAGUACUUAUCUCCACACCAAGCUUUGGCAGACUGGGCCUAUUUGAUUACGAAUCUUAAAGCCAUCUAUCAAAAUGUUCCAGUUAUUGCGUGGGGAGGUGGGUAUGGAGGAAUGCUUUCAGCUUGGAUGAGAAUGACUUAUUCGAACCUUAUUGAUGGCGCUAUAGCUUCGUCAGCCCCUGUCUUAUAUUUCAAUGGGACUGUAGAUCCAAAUGCUUUCAAUGCUUUUGUUACUAGCCAAUAUGCCUCAGUCGCACCUGAAUGUCCAGCUUACAUUGCAUCAGCUUUUGAUUAUCUUGAAUCAUUUUACUUGAAUACCACUGAAUACACUCGUCUCCAAGACACUUUUGAGACAUGCAACCCAGUUGCAGAGCCAGAAGAUGUCGGACUUAUUGUGAAUUGGCUUCAAAACUCAUUCACAGAUAUGACUUUAUAUAAUUACCCUUAUCCUUCAAACACUAUUUUCCCACUCCCAGCAAACCCUCUAACUGUAGCUUGCAGCUAUUUCAAUGGAGUUGACAUUACUAAUGUUUGGGAAGUCUUGACUGCAGUCAGAAACGCUGCGAAUGUCUACUAUAACUAUACAGGCCUGAAUUCUUGCAGCAACACUUAUAAUCCACUGAGCAACGGGAACUUUGGGAACCAGCAAGGAUGGAGCUAUCUGCUCUGCAGCUCAUUGAAUUUCCCAUUCGGAAGCAUCAAAACGACCUCUAUGUUUGGAGAUGAGCCAUUUGACCAAGUGGCUAUCAAUAACGACUGCUUUACCCUUUGGGGAAGAACUCCACAAAUUAAUUACGCAAGCCAAUGGUAUGGAGCCAGCAAUAACCCAGCACAGACUUGGCAGUACGCAAGCAAUAUAGUGUUCAGCAAUGGAGGUUUGGACCCUUGGCAGGUCGGGUGUAUCACAAAGUCAUUUGGCACUUCAGUUGUUGCUUUCGUUGCCAAAGGUGCUGCUUUUAUGAUGGACUUAAGACUGCCUAACGCUGCUGACCCAUCUGACUUAGCAGCUGCAAGAGCGACUGAAAAGACAGCUAUCCAAUAUUGGUUGAACGGUUAA